UUUUGGAGUGAACAAAUAUUAACAAAAAUUGCAUUCGUCUGAUUAUUAUUUUGCAGGUGUGUUAAUUCGACGAAUACGUUAAGGACAAAACAGUGAGAAGAUAUAGUGAUGAUGACGAUGAUUAGCUUGAAUUUUAUGUCAUUGCUAUAUAUUUGCAAUGGAAAUCCAACAGUAAAGUAUGUCUCCCCAUUAAUGGAUGAAAUGCAGAGGGUUCCUUUAGUUGCUGUUCUGAACACAAGUGAUAUCAGUAGAAAUAUUCUAGAAAAUUUAGAGAAGCAGUUAACUACAAGAGUAAGACAAAUCGUUGAGGAUAAUGUAGGCGAUAUCAUACGUCAGCAGAUAGAUGCAAAAUUUAACGAAAUUGGAAUUGUAGGCGAUACUUCAAGAAAAGAUGUCUUUACUUUGAAAAAUUCUAUUGCUCAUACAGAUGAAGGUGUUGUUAGAGACUGUAGUGAUCUACCAGAUGGGUCCAGAAGUGGUAUUUACACGAUAAAGCCAGAUCAUUCACAAGGCAUUGAUGUUUAUUGUGAAAUGAAAGUUGACGAGGGCGGAUGGACGGUAAUCCAGAGAAGAGAGAAUGGUUACCUUGAUUUUUAUCUCGGAUGGGAAAAGUACAAAGAGGGAUUUGGAAAUCUUAAUCGAGAAUUUUGGUUAGGUAAUGACAAUAUUCAUAGUUUGACAUCACAAGGGAGAUACCAGCUUAGGAUAGACCUUUAUGACUUUGACUUCUAUCAUGCUUAUGCUAAAUACCAACAUUUUUACGUUGGAGACGAAGAAUCUAAGUACAAUCUAGAUGUUUAUGGUUAUAGUGGGACUGCAGGUGAUAGCCUUGCUAGCCACAAUGGCGUGGGUUUUUCUACAUUUGAUCAAGACAAUGAUGCAUCGAUUUAUAAUAACGCUGAAGAAUGGCAUGGAGGAUGGUGGUAUAAGUCAAAUGAUAUAUAUUCUAAUCUUCAUGGGAAAUAUUUUUUCGGGGAAUCAGACAAAUUUUGGGAAGGACUUUUGUGGCGAACAUGGAAAGGAAAUAAUUAUUCGCUUAAAUCUACGAUUAUGAUGAUUCGAAGGAUGUAGAAUGGUUAAAAGAGGAAAUCUGCUUGGACAUGAAUUAGAGAUAGAGAGCUAUUACUUUGAAAUUUUAAACAAUUAUAUUUUGAUGUAUUUUCA